AUGUCGCGAACAACAGAACGCCACCCAGACGGACGUCGUCGUCGUCUCUGGACAGUCCUCAUGGCCAGCUUCAUUCUCAUCCAAGUCUUCUUCCUCUCCUUCCACAAUCCCAUCUCCGUCAUUCAAUCCGCAUUCUCUUACCUCUCACCCUCUCCCCUCCCCACCUCCUCAUAUUCCACCUCAACAGGCCCAAUAGGAGCAGGGCACCACCCGGACGCGAAGAAGUUAUCAUUAGAGGCCUUCGGAGAACUGGACAAGCUGAUGGAAUACAUUGUCGAGAUUGAGGCCGAUAGGGUGUUUAGUAAAUCGAGGGUCGGGCAUAUCCAGGGGACGAGGUGGAGAGGUGGAGAGGGUGCCCAGGGUGAGCUGGCGGUGGAGCAGGUGAGGUUGAUUCGGGAGCAGAUUCAUUGUUGGACACAGUAUGGGUCUUGGGUUCGUCUGGACGGUCAGGGUCAGAGUCAGACGAGUAAUAGCAGUGGCAACAACAACAAUGGGGUGACGACGGGACCAGGACCAUGGGCGGCAAGGAGGCAUAGAGGCGAUGCAAGGUUUGGGCAGUGUGAUGCCAAAUUGAUGGAGUCGUUGGACAAGGAUGCAAGGAAGGCGGCUGAGGGAGGAGGAGAUUCAGCCUUGAAGGGGGACUUUUAUCUGGGCGAUUAUGAUCAGAUGAAUGAUCGGUAUAUCGUUCGGGAGGCCGUCAAAUGGAAGUGGGUCCCCGACGAGAGUAUCUGUGGGCCCGUCAGGACCGGAGGAGAAGGACAAGGACAAGAAGGAGGACAAGAAGGAGGACAAGGAGGAGAGGGAGGAGCAACACCACCAUCACCAUCGACAACACUGGGAUUCGGAGACGAAAGGUCAAUCUAUCAGUCGUUUAACAUGGACAAGUUCUGCGAGUCGCUUCAGGAUCGCAACAUCCUUGUCGUGGGCGACUUGACACAGUACCAGCUCCAUGACGUGAUCCUCUCUGCGACCAAUACGGAGUUUAAUUGCCAUGGCGAGAUGGGAUGUCUCCAUCGACGACCACACCCCUUAUGUAAUCAGAACCAGGACCAGGAGAUCGAGGUCAAUGAUGUGAGCGAGACUGACGGCGAACUGAUCAAGGCGCCCUAUCUCAAGUUUGUCCGGAACGAUAUCAUCUCGGUCCCUUGGGCGGUGGACCCUGACUUGAACGAGUUCCCGUAUGGAUCGACGAUUGAACAGCCUUGGGCGACACCGGAGAUGUUUACAGAGUACAAGAUUCUGUUGUUGAACCGGGGCUUGUUCUGGAGGAACGAUGAUGAGUUCUUGAUGGAGCUGGUGUUUACGAUCAAGUAUAUCUGGAAGUUCCAUUCGAAGACUAUGAUCAUUUACAGGGCGACGCACCCGGUCUUUAAUUGUACGGUCCUCAAGGAGCAGAAUGAGGAUGGUGCGCUCGCUGGACCAGACGGACGGGAUUCUAUCUUUGAGGGGACGCUACUCCAACGCCCCCUAACCGCCGCUCCAGGACGACGACAAGCAUACGGCUUUUCUUCUUCCUCAGAAUCAAGGGCGACGCAGACGACAGAAUUUCGGCCAACGCUUGCAGAUGUGCAACGACAGAACCGGAUGGCCAAGGCGAUUGUUGAGGCUGCGGGAGGGAUCUAUUUGGAUACGGAGGACAUGUUUGCGAAACGACCGGAUGGACGGAUGGGCGACGGUGACUGCGCCCGGUUCUGUGCCCCUGGACCCUUGGAUGCUUAUGCCGACCUCCUCUACAACACCUUUCGUAUCCUUGUGUAG